CCAGCGUGUCUAGAGAUAAUGGAGUCUUUCAGCUCUGGCAACGUUGCUGAGAGUAAAACGCCGUUGGCACAAAUAAGCAGCAAUCAGCAUGAAAGCGAAGAUGACGUUGAGUUCGUUGGAGAAGGACCUUUAAGACCUGUACUUGAAUGCAUUGAUCUUGUGAGCAGUGAGGACGAAGAACCUAACAGCAGUUCUUAUGCUCAUAGAAACAUUAAACGUAAAGAUUACCUKGACUAUCAGAAGGAAAGGGUUGCCUCGACCUUGGAUCGUCUGGCACGCCAUGUUGAAGUAGAGAAACAGCAAAAAGAAGAGAAGAACAAAGCUUUUAAGGAGAAAAUUGAUUCCCAGUAUGCUCAUGGACUGCAAGAACUAGAAUUUAUUCGGGGGCACAGUGACACAGAAGCUGCAAGGUUGUGUGUGAACCAGUGGUUAAAAAUGCCAGGUCUCAAACCAGGCACCAUCAACAGUGGAAGAAGAGGGAUUUGUCAGAGGACAGGUCAGACGCCGAGCAAGAGCAGUCCAAUUUCUUGUCCUGUAAUGAACUGUAACAGGAAGUUUGAUAAUGGGCACCUUCUCCUAGGCCACUUGAAAAGGUUUGAUCAUUCUCCUUGUGACCCAACAAUUACACUACAUGGACCUCCAAAUAAUACUGUUGCCUGUGUGGUAUGCUGCAAAAAAUUUUCAACCCCUCAGCAGUACAGUGAUCAUCUUUUUUCUAAGCUGAAUGAAAAUGAUGGACAUAAAAAAGAUCUCCCUCCCCAGCUUAUCCAGUGCUAYGCGUGCCCAAGCUGCUUCCUCCUCUUCACCCGAAGAGACGAGUGCCUGCAGCACAUGUCUGCAAAGAACCACUUCCUCCAUUUUUUUAAACUGAGUGACGAAGCGAAAACCGGCGUCCCUCUCCCGUUCCCAUCCUACGCCAAGAAACUCCUGGUAUCGCUGUGCAAAGAGAUCCCCUUCCAGGUGAAGUGCAUAUCCUGCCACCAGAUACUGCGCUCGCACAUGGAGUUAACAGCUCAUUUCAGAACACGGUGUCGCAGUUCUGGCCCCAUGGCCGUGUCGAAGAAGAGCGUCUCCCAAGUUGCAGAAAUCUUUAAAACCAAAGGUCACUGUGAGAACUGCGAUAGACUCUUUGCUGACGAUGAUCAGAUCAUGCAGCACAAGCAGAACACUCAACAUAGAAUUAAGGUUAUUGCCACAAUGGAAGAGUCCAUCUUGACRUUCUGUCACAUCAGUGAAAAAAAUAAAAAUCCGUCCCAUUUGCGGCAUAUCGUGGAUCGCUCCAGGCCGCUGCUGAAAAGACCUUUGGACUCGAGGGACUCCAACACUGAAGGGGGAUCUACUCCUUCGAAAAAGAGAAGUGAUUUAAACGGUAAAAGUGAAGGUCCCGGAGCAACGCCGAGCCCUGGUGGCAAGGUGAAAGCCUGGUUCUGUGAAUGCCUGCAGAAGUUCCUCACGGAAGAGGCGGUGGAGAAGCACAUUCUGGCAGCAAACAGAAUCUGCCACAAGUGCGCGGUGUGCGGGAAGCUGGUGGAGAACUCCAGCAUCAUCCGCCUGCACAUGAGCCGCUUCCACGGCGGAGCCCACCUCACUAACUUCCUUUUCUGGUGCAGAGCAUGCGCUGUAGAUCUGCCCAGAGAAGAGGAUAUUAUGGGGCACGURACUGAAUUCCACGGUGGACACAGUUACUAUUAUGAGCAGGAAGCUCUGGAAGAGGAGCCYGUGCCCUCCGCUUCUGGCACAGCGUGCGGCUCCUCGGUGGAAAGGCAGGACUGUGUUGCCAGUCCUGGGGACCUGUCUCCCGAAAGGGGCCCUUUGCUGGGCCAGUGGCAGUGCCACAUGUGCGAGGAGAUGUUUGCCUCCGAGGAGAGCGUGAAGCAGCACUGCGCGUCCUUGGAGAGCCACGCGUUCCACAGGUACUGCUGCGGCACGUGCCAGAGCCGCUUCCGGAAAAUGGAGACGCUGCAGCGGCACUGCCAAGAGCGCCACGAGCGCCACGUGGACGUCAGGUACUUCUGUGGCCUCUGYGGCGAUCUCUUCUUCGACGUGGAGGAGGGAUUUCUAGCUCAUUACAGGGAGCUUCACAGCACGGACUACGCGUUUGUGCCUGAGCAAAUGGAAGUCUCGAUAAAAAAGGAAGACGACUUCCUGCCGGUGGAGCAAGGAGACUGCUUAAGCUGUGGCUGCCGGACAACUUACAUCUCCCGAGUGAACAGGAGGAACGAUUACACGAGUUGCCAGAAGGUCUUGCUGCAAAACGGCAGCUUAUGGUUUCGCUGCCGCUUCUGCUCCACCACGGCGCAGAAUUUGGACGACUUGAACAGGCACCUGGGGAGCCACCCGUCCGUGAAAUGCGACGAGGAGAUGUACGUUGUCCGAUGCGCCACGUGCAGCAAGAACUUCCAGGACCUGCCCAGCGCCCACCAGCACUACCACAUGAAGCACUGCUUCCUGCAGAAGCYGGACCUGGGCAGCCUCGCGGCGGAGCCGCAAAGCGCCGUGUUCCAGUUCACUGCGAGCGGGGCGUGUGCGGACAGGAAAGCCGACAAGGCCAAGUUGGCGGCGUGGCCGGCCAGGGCUCAGGAAGGAUCGCAGCCGCCUCUUCUGCAGGGGCCGAUGCAGGGAAAGAAAGAAAAGAAAGAAAACCUGGCACACACAGAAGAACAUGCUGAAGACAGUGAACUUCCUGAUUUUGACUACCUGAGUACCAUGACUCAUAUUGUGCUGGUGGAUCUGGACAACUGGGGAAGCUUAUUYACACAGCUGCCAGCCAACCUCAACCAGGGCACCUUUAUCUGGGGCUUUCAAGGAGGAUACAGCAACUGGAAGCCUCCAGUGCAGUGCAAAAUUUAUAAUUAUCUGAAGAAGAUUGGCUGUUUCUUCCUUCAUCCCCGCUGUGGCACCAGAAGAGAAGCCGCAGACUUUGCCCUCUGUGUUCACGCUGGUCGUCUGGAUGAGCACCUGCCCAAGCAAAUCCCUUUCACGGUACUUUCUGGAGACAAAAGCUUUCUAGAACUGGAAGCUCAAUUUAAAAUGACACAGCGUUCAGCUCGCAUCCUAAAUCCUCAUCACAUUGAAGGAGACAUGAUGUGUGCCUUGCUAAACAGCAUUUCAGAUACCACAAAAGCUUCAGAUAGCGAGGAGGAUGACGAUAUCAAACUUACAGUCCAAAAGAGCUUAGAAGAAACAAAGAAACAGGAAGAUGCCGAGGAUGCCGAGCUGGAGGAAGCCAUCCAGAGGAGCCUGCAGGAAAUGUAGAGGGGGCUCCUGUGUGCACGAGCAGCAGGACGUCGGGGCAGCCGGCGUAACGGGAGCUCCCCAUUGCCAGGGCUCGGAAAUACCGCUUCGGAAAACGCCCGCGUCCUCCACUGCUAGAGUUACAGUCUGAAGACCUUCCUCAUGCUGAUGAGCGGCUGGAGCUUAUGGGUGUAUGCUGCAAUACACUGUAUAUGAUAAAAAUAAAUUUUUAAGUCUUUGCAAAUGCUGUUUCUAACAAGCAACGACUGGGUCUCUCCAGUCUAGCUGCGUAAGUUGUUGCCUGAGAGGUAGGCUGGUCUUACAAUGUAUUUUUUUAUUGGUUCUUGUAUUUAAUUCUUCUGUCACAAAACGUUUUUCUCCUUUUUCUUAAACAUUUUUGUGUGGCCUUUGAUAGAUAAAAACCAGUAAACUUGGAUGACUGGCAGACUGACCUGCCUAUCUAAUCUUGUUCUAAAGAGAAGCUUAGGUCCCAGUUUCACAAAUUUAAUACAUGGUCUGAAUCUUGUCCCUGCUGGGAUCUCACCUCAGAAGACCCCAGGUUUGUCUACAGCCUGUUUGUUACAGAUGGCAGAAUCAGGUCCUCAGACUSCAUAGUUAGUUUCUGUUAGCUUUAUUUUUAUAAAUGUGUAUAUUUUUUUAAUAGGAGUGUGGUACUGUURUACUAGAUGACUUAAAGUUUGGCAGGUUCAAUCUCUCCCUAAUCCAGGGCUGGAACAACCUUAUCAGUAAACUGAAGGCAAAGAAACUUCCAAUUUCCCCUUUGAAACAGAUGUGAAAGAAUUCAAGCUGCAUCAUUCCUCUCUGUUGGCUUUUUUCCUGCCCCUCUUCUUGGGGAAUGGCCUUGAAUACCUGGCUGUAGUUGUGUUUAUYUUUGUACUCUCCUUCUUUUCAGGUGAAUUUCAGUGUUGUUUUUUUUUCCUUGUGUGUGUGUUUCAACUUGUCACCUUGGUCACCUUUCUUAGCUCCUCCUUUAAAAAUAACUAUGCAAGCUGUCCAGCUUUACCAGCUUAUUUAACUUGGAUUGACAAUUGUUAAUCA